UGCUGAUCUUAGCUAGCCAUCCUCACUCCAUCAUACUGCUUGUUAUGAUAAUCUUCCAUUCACCUUCCUCAUCAUGCCUUUCUCUUAGACUCCAGCGGGCGCAUGUGCGGCACUGCGAGUAAUUUUUUAUUUUACCACUGCCUUGUGCCAGGCCGCAUUACCAUGAGCUUGCCUCUGAAUCCCAAGCCCUUCCUGAACGGGCUGACAGGGAAGCUGGUGAUGGUGAAGCUGAAGUGGGGGAUGGAGUACAAGGGCUACCUGGUGUCUGUCGACGGCUACAUGAACAUGCUGCUUGCAAACACAGAAGAAUACAUAAAUGGUGCAUUGUCAGGGCACCUUGGUGAAGUUUUGAUAAGAUGUAACAACGUCCUGUACAUCAGAGGAGUAGAAGAUGAAGAAGAUGGAGAAAUGAGAGAAUAAGUUUGUAUAUUUCUGGAAAAUAAAGAUCAGUUUUUCACAAAAAAAAAA